AGCUCCAUUUGGAUCAAUAUCUCAUGGCUUGACUUGUGUUCACGGUAGAUUGGUCAUUGACACACACAUUCAUGAAUUAUGCAUUGAUGCUUCUGGUUGGUUUUGUUUAUGUAGGUUCAAUGACUUUGGAGGUGCAAGCUGGCGAGGUGAACUGAUAUUGUAAGUGCAUGGCAUGUCAGUUGCAGUAGGUUGGUUGUCGUUGGCGGCUAGCGUGGGUGGUUGAGUGGAAUCCGGUUCUACCGAGUUUGCUGCAUAAUGCUUCGGGUGCAGAGUUCUUGCGAUAUGCUCCCAUUUCACCCAUGUUCGGUGCUGGAUUUGCUUUUGCAGGAUUAUGGUAUACAUUUGGUUCAAUUUUGGCCUGUGCAUGAUGGCAUGGUAGGGAGAAUGUUGAUGUUACUAACUUGUGAACAUGUUCAAUUAAGUCUCAAUGUUGCUGAAUUUCCAGGAUUUAUAGCAGUGUUUGGAGCAUCACGAGACGAUCCUUCAGCGGUGUUAGUCCUCUGUUCACGCUGUUAGAUUUGAAAUGCGAGGGUAUGAAUCGAGUGAAUGCGCUAGCCAAUCCUGUAGGCUAGUAUGUGCAUAGCUUGACAAUUCAAUGAGUAGAGCUUGUUGAUGAUGGUAUGGAUGCAACAAUAAUCACAGGCAGCUUGAAUUUUAUCGAUGGAACAACCACUUUCAAUAGUGCAACUGUUGCUGCUGUUGGAGAUGAGUUUAUAGCUCAGGACAUAGGGUUCCAAAACACGGCAGGCCCAGAAAAGCACCAGGCGGUUGCUCUCCGCGUAGGUGCUGAUCAAUCUGUCAUCAACCGUUGUAAAAUUGACGCAUUUCAAGACACCCUCUACGCACACUCCAACCGACAAUUUUACCGUGACUCCUUCAUUACCGGUACUGUUGACUUUAUCUUUGGAAACGCAGGUGUUGUGUUCCAGAAGAGCAAACUUGUGGCCCGAAAGCACAUGAGCAAACAAAAGAACAUGGUCACAGUCCAAGGUCGAGAAGACCCAAACCAGAACACUGCAACUUCAAUUCAGCAAUGUAAUGUCAUACCAAGCUCGGACCUCAAGCCUGUGCAAGGCUCCAUCAAAACAUACCUAGGCCGUCCAUGGAAGAAAUACUCCAGGACUGUUGUGUUGCAGUCCGUCGUGGACAGCCAUAUUUACCCAGCAGGAUGGGCUGAAUGGGAUGCCGCGAGUAAGGAUUUCCUGCAAACAUUGUAUUACGGAGAGUACUUGAACAGUGGAGCAGGUGCUGGUACCAGCAAGAGAGUGACUUGGCCUGGUUAUCAUAUCAUCAAAACUGCUGCAGAGGCUAGCAAGUUUACAGUAACACAGCUCAUCCAGGGCAAUGUUUGGUUGAAGAACACAGGGGUAGCCUUCAUUGAAGGCCUGUAGAAAUUGGCUUCAGCAGGCGUGUACUAUUAUGU